AUGGAGAGAAUCGACGUUCACGCUCAUUGUGUUCCGCCCGCCUACCGUGAAUACUGUCUUCAGAAUGAUUUCGCUGGGAGAGGCCACCCUGAUGGCAUGCCAGCUAUACCCGACUGGAGCCCAGAGGCUCAUAUUCAAAUGAUGAGGGACCUGAAUAUCAAUAAAUCGAUCCUGAGCAUGUCGUCUCCAGGCACUCACCUGACGCCCGGGAACAACGCCGAAGCGCGCAAAUUGACGCGCCAAGUCAACGAAGACAUGUCUCGAAUCUGCAGCGAAAACAAAGACCAUUUCCUCUUCUUCGCUUCGCUCCCUCUUCCCGACGUAGAGGGAUCUCUCGCCGAAAUCGACUACGCACUCGACCAUCUGGGUGCAAUCGGAUUUCAGAUCUUGACAAAUUCCCACGGUAUAUACCCUGGCGACAAGCUCUUCAGCCCCAUCUUCGACAGAUUGAACGAGCGUGGUACAAUCAUCUUCUUCCAUCCCACCAGCUGCAACAUUCAAACCGGCAAUGGUUCCUCGGUGGAGACCAUAACCCCAAUGCGCGGAGUGCCUAGCCCGGUUAUGGAAUUCAUGUUCGACAGCACACGCGCUUUGACUAGCCUAUUCACAUCUGGAACAGUGGCUAGGUGUACCAAGUUAACAUAUCUGGUCUGUCAUUGCGGAGCUACAUUCCCGCCGAUAGUGGCUCGGAUCGCAGAAUUCUCUGCGUUCCUCCUGGGCAAGCAAAUCACCGAGGAGGAAAUCAAGCAGCUUCUGCAGCGCCAUUUCUACAUCGACCUUGCGGGUGUGCCAUUCCCGGACCAGAUUCACGGUAUACUGCGGCUGGUGGACUCGUCCAGGCUGCUCUAUGGGAGUGAUUAUCCCUACACGCCUGCGCCCCUUGCUGGGUCUCUGGCAAAGAGGCUGGAUGAUGGUCUUGCAGGAAUUUUCGACAAGAAUACGAGUCAGCAGAUUGUUUUCCAGAACGCAAAAAGCCUGAUUUCUCUGAGGACUGCUGGACAAUGGUUCGUGGCGGGGUUUAGCGAGCCUCAAAAACGGGCCUGA